CUUAAACGAUAAUGAAAAUGCAAUGUGUCAUACUAAGUGCAAUUUUAUAUUAACCUCUUAUUCAGGACGCUUGCAAUCGCAAGAGCAACCAGCAGAACUUGGGUACUAUCAAAUGUUCCAACUUAUGCACCGAGAUUGUGGAAUAUUCUAGCAAAGAUGAAGUUGCUGUUUGCAACCUUGGCUCCAUUGCACUGAAUCGUUUCGUCACUCCAGAAAAGAAGUUCGACUUUGAGAAGCUUCAUGAAGUCGCUAAGGUGCUGACUCGUAACCUCAACAAAAUCAUUGAAGUUAACUACUACCCAGUUGAGGAGGCACGUCGCUCAAACUUCCGUCAUCGCCCUAUUGGUCUUGGAGUACAGGGCCUCGCUGACGCAUUCAUGCUUAUGCGAUAUCCAUUCACUUCACCCGAGGCUCGUGACCUGAAUAGGCGUAUCUUCGAGGUAAUCUAUCAUGCCGCUUUGGAGGCUUCCUGCGAGUUGGCCGAAAAACUUGGACCAUACGAAACCUAUGAGGGUAGCCCAGUGUCCAAGGGUAUUCUGCAAUUCGAUAUGUGGGGUGUUACGCCCACUGAUCAAUGCGAGUGGGAUACACUUCGAGAGAAGAUCAAGAAACAUGGAGUCCGCAACAGCCUUCUCGUGGCACCGAUGCCAACAGCUUCUACGGCCCAAAUCCUUGGCAACAAUGAAUCCAUUGAGCCCUACACUUUCAACAUCUACAGCCGAAGGGUACUUUCUGGCGACUUCCAAAUUGUUAACCCUCACUUGCUGAAAGACUUGGUCGAGUUGAACUUGUGGGAUGAGGAUAUGAAGAAUCAGCUGAUUGCCAAUCAUGGAUCUAUUGCGAAA